GGGGCUAGUUGGAGCUACCUAGCAAAGUAAGUCAAGCAAACCUCACUUGGUCUCUUUUCUCUCCCUCACUUUCAUACAAGAAGUCUUCAAUCUUUUUUUUUCUUCCCUUUGGGAAACAUGGAUAAACCGAAUUCCAAUAAUACGGGAACGUUAUGGAGAACACAGUCGGAUCAACUUCCCCAAUUAAUGUCAAGUGAAGCGGCAUCUGGAGGUACGACAGAAACCACUGGUGGGAUGCAUUCGAGAAAGUCUAGUAGACAAAUGGUGCUUGCAUCUCCAGGACGAAGUGGCGGUAGUGGCAAAAACACACACAUUAGAAAGACAAGGAGUGCUCAAAUGAAAUUUGAACUUGAUGAUGUUGGUAGUGGGGCUGCCUUAAGUCGAGCUUCGAGUGCUAGCUUAGGGUUUUCGUUCUCAUUCACUGGAUUUACUAUGCCGCCUGAUGAAAUCGCGGAUUCAAGACCGUUUAGCGACGAUGAUAUACCGGAAGACAUUGAAGCUGGCAUCCGUAAGAAGUUUCAGACAGAACCCACCUUGCCAAUAUUUCUAAAGUUCACUGAAGUGUCUUACAAGAUAGUAGUUAAAGGAAUGACGUCUACGGUUGAGAAGGAUAUUUUGAAUGGAAUUAGUGGUGCAGUGAAUCCAGGAGAAGUUUUGGCGUUAAUGGGGCCUUCUGGAAGCGGAAAAACUACGCUUUUAAGUUUACUUGGAGGCAGGCUGACCGAUCCUACCCCAGGAGGAUCAAUCACUUACAAUGACCAGCCUUAUUCUAAGUUCCUAAAGAGCAGGAUUGGGUUCGUGACUCAAGACGAUGUACUUUUUCCACAUCUAACAGUGAAGGAAACGUUAACGUAUGCAGCUCUUCUACGACUGCCAAAGAAACUAACAAAACAGGAGAAAGAAAAAAGAGCAGCAGACGUCAUCCGUGAACUUGGAUUAGAGAGGUGCCAAGAUACAAUGAUAGGUGGAUCCUUUGUUCGUGGAGUUUCAGGUGGAGAAAGGAAGCGUGUUUGUAUUGGACUUGAAAUCAUAAUGAAUCCUUCACUCUUGUUCCUUGAUGAACCAACUUCUGGCUUGGACUCGACCACUGCUCAGAGGAUCAUUGAGCUGUUGCAAGACAUAGCUGAGACAGAGAAGACAGUGGUUACCACAAUUCACCAGCCAUCUAGCAGACUUUUUCACAAAUUUGACAAAUUAAUACUACUUGGAAAAGGGAGUUUGAUUUACUUUGGGAAAGCCUCAGAUGUUAUGGAAUAUUUUUCGUCGAUAGGAUGUUCUCCUUUGAUUGCCAUGAACCCAGCAGAAUUCUUGCUAGAUCUUGCAAACGGGAACAUGAAUGAAAUCUCUGUUCCAUCAGAACUAGAGGACAGAGUUCAACUCGGAAAUUCACAAAGCGAAGCAAAAAGUGGGAAACAUACACCACAAGUCGUGCACGAUUAUUUAGUAGAGGCCUAUGAGACACGAGUGGCUGAAGAAACAAAGAAGCAGUUCAUGAUCCGUACACCACUCGAUGAGGAUAUUAAGUCAAGUGUCGGGUCAGUGAAACGAGAAUGGGGGGCAAGCUGGACACAGCAAUACUCUAUAUUGUUCUGGAGAGGACUCAAAGAAAGGAAACAUGAUUAUUUUAGCUGGUUAAGAAUCACACAAGUUCUUGUAACCGCUGUUAUCUUGGGACUUUUAUGGUGGCAAUCGGAGGUUCAUAGUCCCAAAGAACUCGACAAUCAAGCAGGACUGUUGUUCUUCAUUGCUGUGUUUUGGGCGUUUUUUCCUGUUUUCACAGCCAUUUUUACGUUCCCUCAAGAACGAGCAAUGCUGAACAAGGAAAGAGCAGCAGACAUGUACAGAUUGAGUGCAUAUUUCAUGGCAAGGACAACAAGUGACCUUCCACUUGAUCUGUUUCUUCCAAUGCUCUUUCUUCUUGUUGUUUAUUUCAUGGCAGGCUUGCGACAGACUGCUGAGUCAUUCUUUCUAACAAUGGUUAUUGUCUUCCUAUGCAUCGUAGCAGCUCAAGGACUUGGACUUGCUAUUGGUGCUACACUAAUGGACUUGAAGAAAGCAACGACUUUGGCUUCUGUAACCGUAAUGGCCUUCAUGUUAGCUGGUGGGUAUUUUGUAAAGAACGUUCCAAUAUUUAUAGCAUGGCUACGCUACUUGUCGUUCAACUAUCACACGUACAGGCUACUUCUGAAAGUGCAGUAUGAAACCAUCAGUCCAGUAAUCGAUGGUAUAAAACUAGACAGUGGUUUGAAGGAAGCUACAGCCUUGGGAAUCAUGGUUUUUGGAUACCGUCUUUUGGCUUACCUAUCUUUACGUAGAAUGAAAGUUGGUUAACUAUCUUGAUGGCCGGCCAACUGUCGUAAGAUACAAAAAUUUUUUCCACUUCAUUAAGUAGCUUACAAGAAGCGUUUUAGACUUUUUUUUCGCUAGCUAUGAAGUUGUGAAACCACAGUUCAGCAAAAUGUAACAUAAAGGAGAAGUUUACUUGAUAAUUGUAGGCCAUGAAUUAUGUUGGUUGUAACAAAAUUAAAAUGAAUGAAUGGAUAUAAUGUUGGAUA